AGUACGACAAAACUUUUGUUGGUGGGUAGUUUUCUAGUACUCAGUGCCGCCACUAAGGCAUGGUCAUGGCAGGUACCAUGAAGCCUAUUCAGUUCGUCUACCUCGCCGUUCUGGCCGCUUUCACCGGGGUGAACGCAAUUUCCGCCAAUGACGCUCAGAUCUGCUUGGAGGUUUGCGCCGAUUCUCCUCUUCCCUGCAAAAAAGGGAUGCAACCUGUCUAUAAUAACCCAUGCUGGACGUGCUGCAGUACCACUUGACGCAUGAAUCGAAUUCUCGAGUAUCGUCAUUGAUUUUGUAAAGCGUAACGUGUAUGAAUACGUGAGAUUGUACCACUUACUGAGAUGUUCUUGUUCAAGCAAAACCAUUGUUAUCAGAGUUAUGUUUCUUCGAAUAUACGGUGGUUCUAGUCGGACCGAUUGGUGGCCUGCCUUGAUGUGUCUCAGAGCAUGCUUUCGGAUGUUGCGCUAAUUUUUGACAGCUUGACUCGAACAUCACAUUUGCCAAAACCCUGCUGAACAGAAUAACAUUCUCCAGGGUAUACAUACCACCGCGGGAGGGACGUUGCCCUAAUU